AUGGAAAAGCUGGCUCGCUUGUCAUAUGUCAUUCGUAGCGGCGUGGACGAUGUGCUGGAUAGGAUGUUUGCCCAAAUUAAAACAGGUUUGGAAAAUCUGGCACUGCCCCGGAGUGACUUUACAAUAUCUAAAAUCCUAUAUCUUGAUGUAGACUUCCAUACUCUACGGUUAACGAGAGGUUCACCGUAUGUUGAACUACCAAAAUGGGUAGCUUCUAAAAAGGCAAUUAUUAACCCAAAAAAUGAGGAUAAGGAGUGUUUCAAGUGGGCUAUUAUAGCAUCCCUGCAUCAUGAUGAGAUUGAAAAAGAUCCACAAAGAAUAAGCAAGCUGAAGCAUCAUGUAGACCUUUAUAAUUGGGAUGGUAUAGAGUUCCCAACAAGUAUCAAAUCCAUAUACAAAUUUGAGGCGAAUAACCCCGACAUUGUGGUGAAUGUUCUGUAUAUAGAUGAAAAGAGAAUCAACAUCCUACGUCGAUCAGUACAUAACGGGCGUACCAAGGUGGUGACCCUAUUGCUUAUCACCAAUGAUAAAAAGACCCACUAUACGGCAGUCAAAAGCCUGUCCAGGCUUCUGGGCAAGGAGACUUUAAAGAAUAGGAACCCAAUGCACUUCUACCUUUCAUGUCAACAGGGUUUUCCCACGGCUGAAUCGAGGGACAAGCACUAUAGGUACUGCAUCGAUCACGAGGCAGUCAAGAUCACAAUGCCAAAUGAGGCUAAAAAAUGGCUAUAUUAUAGGGAUGGCCAACAGCAAUUCAAGGUAUCCUUUGCCAUAUAUGCAGACUUCGAGAGUCUGCUAGUCCCGGUAGAAGAUGCAAGGGAUACCAAGACGGAAAGGCUAAGCAAGCAUGUACCAUCCGGCUGGUGCACCUAUAAUACCUUUGCUUAUGGUGAUGUACUGGAUCCUUUAAAAGUCUAUAGGGGUGAGGACAGCGUCACCCGCUUCGUGAACCACCCAGAGAAUGAGGUAAAAAGACUAUAUUAUACCUACCCACAGCAACCCAUGACCAAACUAACGGAGGUCCUAAAAAGGGAACAUGAUGAGGCCACGCACUGUCAUAUCUGCCUGAAACCCUUUGAUAACUAUGAGAAUAACCGUAAGGGUGCCCAUCUCUUCAUACGGGAAUUCAGCGAGAAGUACGACACUCAGGACAUUGGGUGUAUUGCGAAAAAUACAGAGAAGUACAUCUCUUUUAAUGUCAUAAAUAAGGUACCCCUUGGAGGUAUGGCAUAUGGUGACGGGGAAAGGUACAAGACCAUAGAGAUACAGUUUAUCGAUAGUUGCCGAUUCAUGGCAUCAUCACUGAACAAAUUGGCAAGCAACCUCAGCGAUGACCAGUGUAAAAAUCUUCGUUGGUUUUUCACCAAGGAUGACUUGUUUAAGCUCAUGCGCAGAAAGGGCGUGUACCCCUAUGAAUACAUGGAUGGAUGGCAGCGAUUUGAGGAGACAGAAUUACCUCUCAAGGAGGCCUUCUACAGCAAGCUUAAUAUGGAUGGGAUAAGCGAUGAGGAUUAUCAAUACGCUAAAAUGGUAUGGAAUUGUAUUACCCCAGGGAGUGAUGAUGUUACCAUGGGAGACUACCAGGAUGUGUACCUGACAACAGACGUCCUGCUAUUAGCUGCUAUUCUACUCUGCACCCGGGUUGGCCUGGAAGGUAGCCCUGAAAUUUACGGAUAUAACGCUAGAGCUUCUCACCGAUCCCGACAUGUUCCUGAUGUUCGAAAAAGGUAUCCGAGGAGGCCGUACACCGGUAUGCCAAAGCCAAUAACAAGUACAUGGGAGAGCAGUAUAACCCCAAUGAGGAGUUCUCCUACCUCCAAUAUCUGA